ACAAACUUUUGAAAAAAAUUGGUGUCUGAUGAUUAUUCAUCUUUUAUAUACUAGGUUAUGUGAAAUAUCCGUCACUGUCAAUCAAAAAUAUUGGUUUGUCAACUUGUUCUUGAAACUUAUUUCGAAAAGUGUUAGAUAAUGCCUAAAAAAAGAUAUAAUAGGUAUAAUGAACAAUCGCAUCUGAUGAUUUUAAAUAUAUUGGCUUUUUUUCAACUGGAAAAGGAACAAGUCCGAAACGGAAUUGCACUUCAAAUUGAGAAUGUGAUAUAGCGAGCUGCAGAUGCAACAAAAUUAAGCACAAUAACGAUCGCAAAUAUAAAGAAGAAUGGGAUAAAAUUGGAUCAGGAUUACGCAGCCCGUAUAUCUUCCAAGCAAAAGACAGCAAAAACCAAAAUUACAACAUAUUUGAAACAUAGAAUUCGGGACACAAUUUAUUCUAUGCCAUUUAUUCUACGCCAGAAAAGAAUAUGUAAUAUUGGCAACAAUAAGAGAAAAGUUCAGGGAAGAAAUUGAAUAUUUUGAGUUUUCUAUUGACUCCUUAAGAAGAUGGAUCAAUAGUAUAGGCUUCAAGUGGAAAAAAUCAAAUAACAGAAAAUAUUUGAUGGACUUGCCAAAUAUUGUUCAUAAAAGAAUCAAUUUUUAUUUUAUCAAUUUUAUUAAGGGAGUAUAUCAAAAAUAGAAAUGUAGGCCCGGAAGGUUUUACUCCAGUUUUCAUUGACCAGACGUGGAUUUUUAGCAAGGGAUCAUUUCGUAGUAGCUGCCAAGAUGACACCAAGCACACGGAUUCAAGGAAAAACAGUGAAGGGUCAUCGUUAUAUCGUGGUCCACGCCGGAACCAAAGAUGGCUUCAUCAAGGAUGCAAAUUUAAUAUUCAAGAGUGGAUUAAAGACGGGAGAUUAUCAUGACAAUAUGAACAGGAAAAACUUCGAAAACUGGUUUAAAACUCAGCUGGUUCCAAAUCGUCCCCCAAAGUCAUUUAUAAUCAUGGACAAUGCAAGUUACCAUUCUGGUUUAUUAGAAGAAAUCCCGAGAAAAUCUUGGACAAAGCAGACUGAUCGUACUGCUUUACUGACCGAAUGGUUGAAGAAAAAGAAUAUUGGCUUUCCAGAAAAAGCCAUUAAAGGUAAAAUAUGGAGUAUUGCACGCAGAAACGGCCCUAGUGAAAAAAAGUACUUCCUUGAUGAAUAUGUUAAACCUUUAGGACACAAAAGUUUGCGACUGCCACCAUAUCAUUGCCAGUUUAAUGCAAUUGAAAUGGUAUGGUCGGAAUGUAAACGAAAACAUGGUCAAUAUAUUUCCAAUUUUAAGGGGUCACCUUCAGGAGUUCUGACUACAUGGGAUAUGGUAAUAAACGAAAUUUCUAUAGAUCAUUGGCAAAAAUAUGUUUUUCAUACAGAAAAGGUAAUUGAAAAGGCUUGGGAGGCAAUACAAGUGUGUGAUGCCUAUGACAUUCUGCCACAAAUUUUAUUUUAUGAUCGCCGUUUAAAAAUUCAAUCAUAUCGUUGCAAUUUCAUUAACUUGGUAAUGCAAUAUGGCGUGUUUUUUUUGAGUUUGUAUGUUUUAUUUUUUGGAAUGGUAUUUACAUUUUAAUGUGUUAUCAUAUUCCUUCAAGCAGCAUUUUUUUUCAUGAACAAGUAAAUUAAAUUGUCAGUAUUUAAAUUUUCCUAGUGAGUUAAAAUAAUUUUAUACCAUUAUUCACAAUUUUUGUAAGCUCGGUUUUGUUACGUCUACUGCUCGUGCCGAAUUCUACUUUUCAAAUAUGUUGUAGAUUUGGUUUUUGCGGUCUUUUGCUUGGAAAAUAUAUGAGCAGCGUAAUGGGAUAAAAACUGAUCUGUUUUUAUCCCAUUCUUCUUUAUAUUUGCGAUCGUUGUUGUGCUCAAUUUUGUUGCAUCUGCG